AUGGAAUACACAAAAGAUAUCCAGCUGAAGGAACUCCCCAAGACUCCCACGGACACAACACUCUCGGACGAGGAGAGACGGAUUCUUGAGAGACAGAUUCAUGUCCCCGUCCUCCAGGUCGGGUUCCUGGGUAUAUACCGCGAUGCGAGUCGCACGGAUCGAGCGAUUCUCGCGGGGAGUGCUAUCUUUGCGAUAGUAGGUGGUGCAGCUCUCCCUCUAUUUACAUUACUAUUUGGCAACCUCACAUCCACAUUCCGCGACAUCACCACUCACACCAUCACUUUCGACCAUUUCCAGCACAAACUCUCUCAAUACGCCUUGUACUUCGUCUACCUGGCCAUUGCUGAAUUCUUCACCAUCGCCCUGGCCACCGUGGGAUUCAUCUACACGGGCGACCACGUCGUGCAGCGCAUCCGCGUGGCGUAUCUGCGCGCCAUCCUCCGUCAGAACGUCGCUUUCUUCGACACCCUCGGCGCCGGCGAGGUGACCACUCGGAUCACGGCGGACACGAAUACCAUCCAGGAUGGGAUCUCCGAGAAGGUCGGACUGACAUUCACGGGGCUGUCGACGUUCGUGACGGCCUUCGUUAUUGCCUAUAUCAAGUACUGGAAACUGGCGCUAAUAUGCAGCGCGACGCUGGUCGCCGUGCUGCUCAUCAUGGGUGUCUGUUCCACGGUGUCGGUAGUCUUCACGAAACAGGGUCUCGAGUUCCAAGGACGAGGGGCCAGUCUGGCAGAGGAUAUCCUGGACUCGAUCCGGACGGUGGUGGCGUUCGAUGCGCAGGAGGUAUUGGCGAGGAAAUAUGAGACGCAUCUGCGAGACGCGGAGAGACCCGGUAUGAAGGCUCAGAUGGCAUUUGCUGUCAUGGUGGGUGCGUUGCUGUGUGUCAUGUAUCUUAACUAUGGAUUGGGGUUCUGGAUGGGAUCACGGUUCCUGGUGGAUGCUACAACGCAUAUCCAGGCUGGAGAUGUGCUGACGAUUCUCAUGGCCAUCAUCCUGGGGUCGUAUAAUCUGGGCAAUAUCGCUCCGAAUGGACAGGCCAUGUCGAACGCUGUGGCGGCUGCUUCGAAAUUAUACAGCGUUGUUGAUCGAGAGUCGCCGUUGGAUCCGUCGUCUGAGCGGGGAAUUCGACUUGGUCAUGUCCAGGGGAAUAUCGUGUUGAAGCACAUUCGUCAUGUGUAUCCGUCUCGACCAGACGUGGUUGUCGCGCACGAUCUCAGCAUCGACAUACCAGCAGGGAAGACGACGGCGUUCGUUGGACCCUCUGGAUCAGGGAAAAGCACCAUCAUCGCGCUCCUCGAACGAUUCUACACUCCCGUUGCGGGAACCAUCUUCCUUGAUAGACACGAUAUCCAAACCUUCAACCUACGGUGGUUGCGCCAACAGAUCUCCCUGGUAUCGCAGGAACCACGACUAUUCGCCACCAGCGUGGCGCAGAACAUCCGGUUCGGAUUGAUCGGAUCCAAAUUCGAAUACGAAUCAGAGUCGAGAAUCAUGAAUCGGAUUCGCGACGCCGCGAGAAUGGCCAACGCGCAUGACUUCAUCCAGGCGCUUCCUAACGGGUACGAUACUAAUAUUGGCAGCUGUUCGCUGUCCGGAGGGCAGAAACAACGCAUUGCCAUUGCUAGAGCAAUCGUCAAGGACCCCAAGAUCCUGCUCCUGGACGAGGCGACGUCUGCGCUGGAUACUAAAUCCGAAGGACUGGUGCAGGCGGCGCUGGAGAAAGCCGCGCUGGGUCGGACGACGAUCGUGAUUGCUCAUCGGCUAUCCACUAUCAAGGAGGCGCAUAACAUCGUGGUGUUGGUGAACGGUAGUAUCGUGGAACAAGGACGUCAUGCGCAGCUGAUGCAGCGAGGAGGCGUCUACUUCGACAUGGUGCAGGCGCAACAAAUCCAGGAGAAGCAUGACACGACCCCGUCUCCAAUAAUGCCAUAUAAGAGUUUCUUCUUGGAGGACCACGAGGAUAAAGAACUCUCUGAGUAUAAUCCUUUUGAGGACUACGACUCAGACAUCGAGUUAUGGCCAGGUCCAGUGGACGCCAGACCAUUCAAAUCCCGACGAUCCAUGUUCAUGCCAACAGGGAUGAAACCCCCCAGCUACUCCAUCUGGGCGUUGUUUAAAUUCAUCUCCAGUUUCAACCGUCCGGAAUGGCCGGUUCUCCUCGUCGGACUGAGCGUAUCCAUCUUAGCAGGAGGCAUCCAGCCAUCGCAGGCCGUGCUGUUCGCAAAGGCCGUCAGCACGCUGAGUCUCCCCCCGAUGGAAUACCCCAAACUGCGCCACGACGCCAACUUCUGGUCCCUUAUGUUCCUCAUGAUCGGCAUCAUUACUUUCUUCCUGUACGCCCUACAGGGCACGUCGUUUGCCUACGGCUCGGAAAAGAUGAUCUAUCGCGCGCGCAGCCAGGCCUUCCGCGCCAUGCUGCACCAGGAAAUCUCCUUCUUCGACAGGGAAGACCACUCGACCGGAGCCUUGACGGCGACUCUGUCUGCGGAAACCAAACAAUUAGCCGGAAUCAGCGGCGUCACACUCGGCACCAUCCUCAUUGUAUCCGUCAACCUAGUCGCCUCACUAACCGUUGCUGUAAUCAUGGGCUGGAAACUCGGUCUGGUCUGCAUCUCCGCCGUCCCCGUCCUCCUUCUCUGCGGCUUCAUCCGCGUCUGGAUGCUCGAUCGUCUCCAACGACGCGCCAAAAAAGCGUAUCAGAAAUCCGCCAGUUCCGCCUGCGAAGCAGCCUCCUCCAUCCGCACGGUGGCAUCUUUAACAAUGGAGGACGAAAUCCUGCAAUCGUACGAGACACAGCUGCAGGACAGACUACGUAGGGACAUCCUCCCCAUUAUCAAAUCCUCUCUCCUCUACGCGAGCUCUCAGGCCCUGCCGUUCUUCUGCAUGGCAUUGGGUUUCUGGUACGGUGGCACGCUGGUCGGCCACGGCGAGUACACUCUUUUCCAAUUCUACGUGUGUUUCAGCGAAGUGAUCUUCGGAGCGCAAGCCGCGGGGACGAUCUUCUCACAUGCGCCGGACAUGGGGAAGGCGAAACACGCCGCCACGGAAUUUAAAAUCCUUUUUGACUCUCGACCCCUAUCCUCUCUGAUGCAGAGAGGUCUACCAGUUGAAAACAUUGAAGGAAGAGUAGAACUCCGCGAAGUGAGCUUCCGCUAUCCCACGCGCGAAGAACAGCCUGUUCUGCGGAAUGUGAACAUCACCGUACAUCCAGGUCAGUACGUGGCUUUGGUCGGCGCCAGCGGAAGCGGGAAGAGCACGAUCGUGGCGCUGCUGGAGCGGUUCUACGAGGCUCAACGGGGAAGUAUCCUUGUCGACGGACGAAAUAUUCUCACUUUGGAUAUCUCUGCGUAUCGGAGUUAUCUGGCGCUGGUUAGUCAGGAACCAGCGCUGUUUCAGGGUACAAUAAAGGAGAAUAUACUCCUGGGGACGGGGAAUCGAUUUAUUUCAGAUUCUGCGUUGAUCAAGGCGUGUCAGGAUGCGAAUAUUUAUGAUUUCAUCGUUUCGCUUCCUGACGGGUUUAACACUAUUGUCGGAAGUAAAGGAGGUAUGCUCUCCGGCGGCCAGAAACAGCGCAUUGCUAUCGCAAGAGCCCUCAUUCGCGAUCCCAAGAUCCUCCUACUGGACGAGGCGACGUCGGCGCUAGACUCGGAGUCGGAAAAGGUCGUGCAGGCGGCGCUGGACACCGCGGCGAGAGGACGUACGACCAUUGCGGUUGCGCAUCGACUGAGCACGAUCCAGCGGGCGGAUUGUAUCUACGUGUUAGAUCAGGGGGAGGUCACAGAAUAUGGAACGCAUGAGGAGUUAUUGCGUCAGAGGGGGAGGUACUUUGAGUUGGUGAACAUGCAGAAUUUGGGAUGA